AUGCCACAUGAGAGACAGCAUACCACACUGCCGGCAAUUGCAUACCAACACGAUGAGAUUGGCCAUGGCUGCUAUCACCCAAGACCAGCUGAGCAGGAGGAGGAGGACAAGGAGGACGAGGAGGACGAGGCACAGGAAGAGGAGGACAAGGCACAGGAUGAGGCACAGGAUGAGGCACAGGACAAGGCACAGGACGAGCAGGUGCAACUACAGGUGCAGUUCCCGGAUGAUGGGGAAAUGCUACUGGUUGGUGCCAGGCCAGCAAAGGGGAAAGAGAAGAGGAAGGAGAAGGGGAGCAAGGCUGCUGCCAAGCCAAAGUACAAAGGCUUGCACUUCGGCAGGUGCAGGACGCACAACAAACAGCUUGUGGUCCAUCCAUGCAGCGUCAUACUUGCUUGGGCAACCUUCUAUGGUUCAGAGGGCAUGUCUUCAGUCGCACCUUUCCUCAUGUCCGUAUUUCCCACAUGCAAGGCCAUGCCUGAGGUGUUGUUCUUUGACAACAACUGCACUCUAGGCCAAUAUCUUGUAGGCUGA